AUGUUACUACAGUACGGUUCUGUGCUGCGCAAUGCCUCCCAGGUUGUGCGGAUCGUUAGCGUCCAUAGCACUACUGCUAAAGCAGCAUCCAAUUCCUGCCCUGUGUAUAGUAUGGAUGUCCUGGUCCAUAACCAGAUCAACGUCCUGAACGGCACCAUGGUGAGGAUCCAGUGCAUCUUCACCUCCUGCUACAAGAUGGACGUCAAUAAGUUUGCCAUGAACUGGACCUACCAGGAGAACACCAACGAGACUGAGGAGAUGUUCAUGACCUAUAAGAAAGGYAUGAUGCCCCUGCGGACAGACCAGUUCAGUGACCGGGUGCAGUUUGUGGGUAACCUGGAAAAGAACGACUUGUCCAUCACCCUCUCUGAUGUCCAGCUGUCGGACGAGGGCGUCUAUAACUGCUACGUCCGUAACCCCCCCGACCGCAUCCAGGGCCACGGAAUCAUCAACAUGUUUGUCGUCACAGAAUUGCCUCCCCCGCGGGACUCGACCAUAGCGGUGGCGAUCGGGGCGUCAGUCGGCGGUGCGCUGGCUCUGCUCAUCCUGUCCAUGGUGGUGGUGAAGUGUAUACGGCGUCACAAGAAGCAAGAGCUCAUCUCUGACGAGCAGAAGAUGGAGGAAGAGGGCAAGCUGGAUGCAGAGGGGUGCCCCGAGGAGGGAACCAAGAAAGCAUUCCUGCCUGAAGAUGUAUAGUCACCCUUGCUUGAAUCGUCGUCCAGCAUCUGCCUCGCCCCACGUCGCCUCCCUCCCUCCUCUUGUGCAUCCAAACAAGAUUGCAGUUAUGGGAAGCCCCAGCCACCAGCCACGCCACCCACGCCACCCCUGCCUCUAUCUGCAGUCAGUCGUAUCUCCUCUCUUCUUUGACGGGGAGCCACAAAAGGUGUAGGAGACUAGUGGACGGCAGUCUCCAAAAGACAUUCCUCUUUUUUAAGACCUUAAUUUGAUCACCCUGUAGCAGCAUGACUUUCCUACAAUGCAGGACAUUUCAAAUGUGUACUGUAUUGGAGGUUUAAAAAGGCUUCCGAAGUUUUCCCUUAUGAAAAAUGCAUCAACUCUUAGAAAAAUAUCAAUUCAUUCUAAUCCACAUAAUCAUUCACAUUUCCUGUUGCUGCAGGACUAUUUUCCUGCUGUAGAAAACUGGCUCAAAUUAAGAUCCUACAUCUGUAGAGUAAAUGGAUGGUUUGACAUCCGUGAUUACUGGGAAAGAUCCUGCUCUCUCUCUCUCUCUCUCUCUCUCUCUCUCUCUCUCUCGCUCUCGCUCUCUCUCUCUCUCUCUCUGUAUCGCUCUCUUAAAAUGUUGUCUUCUAACUUGCCACUCCAUUGGAUAACAAAUGAUUUACUUCCAAAUCAUAUAAUUCUCUCUCGCUCUCUCUCGCUCUAAUUUUCUUGCUCUAUCACAUUACUUAGCGAUGCAUAAUGGCUGGGGCAAAAAAGUUCCCCUUUUUUCUGACAGCUAGUGUGUGUGUGUCCAAAUUAUACCUUUCUGUGUGAGAAUGGUGUGGGUGGAUUUUUGGCUGUGUGUGUUAGUUUUUAUGUACAGGGUAUAAGUUGUGAAUGACCUUCAGAUGUAACUACGAGCAAUGUGGGUGUAUACACGUGUGUGUGUGUGUGUGUGUGUGUGUGUGUGUG